AGGUGGCGCUGUGGUGCUCUGUAUACACGGCUGUCGCAACAAGAGCAAGAAAUGCGAUCGUGAUUUUCAAGUGAUGCCUUAAAAUAGCACUUAGAAGGAAGGACGGUUAUGAAAACUAUAUUCUUUUAAAUCUUACAAUAUAAAUAUCGGUUAUUUGAGACAUGUACAACUCCCUAAAGCAGGGCAAGGGGAUGUUCAAUAUUAAAUUGAACGCGUUCCACUUCUGAAGCUCCUGCUGUCAAUGCACAGAUACAUUGCCCAGAACCAAAAAAAAAAAGGAUACAUAUACACAUUAAACCAAUGUGUAAGCCCCUCCUGUAGACUUUUGGAUUAUGCAAACAUGCUAAGAAGAGUCAUCACAGAAUCACUGUGGCUGCACAGGCAGCGAGCCCAAAUUUUACCUUUACCUCUUAUUAGGUCCUGCACCUCAAAUUUUCAGCAAGAAAACAUGAAUACUGUGGACGCCCUGUACAACCUGUCUGUAGACAUCAGUAAGGUUCGAAAGAUGAAGGGUUGGGUGUUGCGACAGAAACCUGUUUACGUGUAUGAGGCCGCUGCCCUGCUGAGGAAUAUGGGGGGAAGUGAGAGGGUCAUCGCCCAUGUCUUGGAGCUCUACCCGGAGGCCAUCCUUUGUAAUCCUGAACAAAUGGAGGCACAGAGAAAGCUGUGGAUGUCAGUGUGCGCCAAACAGAAGGAUUUAUUGGGAAUCAUCGAAAAAUUCCCUGCCUCUUUUUUCACUUCAUCCUCGGAUCAUGAUAAUCAAAAAGCCAAUAUAUUGUAUUUUCAAACGCUACAUCUUAACAAGCGCAUUAUUAGUAAGCUCAUGGCCACCGCCCCACAGAGCUUCAGCCGACCUGUGAGGCAAAAUGAGGAGAUGAUUCAGAUGCUCCAGAGGACCUUUUUGGAUUUGGGUGGAACGGAGGACAAUCUAAGGGUUUGGCUUCAAAAGUUAAUCACUCAGAAUCCUUAUGUGUUACUAAAGGAUCCACAAGUUUUGCGAAAUAACUUAAUGUUCCUGCGUGAUAGGGAGUUCACAAGCAAUGAGCUCUUGCGCUUGCUUUCCAAAUUGAAAGGGUUUGUUACUGAACUGAACCCUGAAAGUAUGAGACUCACCCUGAGCUAUUCUCAGGAAAUUUUGGGAUGCACAGAUGCAGAGCUUAGGCAGAUUGUACUUGAAUGUCCAGCCUUAUUAUAUUAUUCUGUUCCUAUACUAGCUGAUCGGUUUCAAUGCCUCCUCGCUGCAGGAGUUAGUAUAAAGCAGAUCAUGGAGACGCCCACAGUGUUGGAACUGACAACCCAGAUAGUUCAAUAUCGCAUUGAGAAACUGCAUUCUUAUGGCUACGAUGUAAAAACAGGAAGCAUUCAAGUCCUCAAUGGCACCAAGAAGGACUUUGAGAAAAACUAUGGACAACUGCAUCUUCGAAGAGAGAGGCCGCUUUUUAAUCCUGUAGCACCACUUUACACAGAGGAUUAGGGAUUGUGGUGUUACAUUUCCAACAAGGUGAAGAGGUCCUAUGCUUACUGAAUAUUAACUAGCAUGUUUAUUUAUUUUUUAUGCAAUGUGCUGAAAAGAAUAAAUGAUUGAAUGCUUUGUUAA